UCUCCUUCCGCUUCCGGGGGCUGUGCAGGCGCAGAGCCGGCGGCGUCGGGGAGGGGCGGCGCGGCGCGGCGCGGUGCGGCGGACGCGCGUGGUGCCGGUGCGGACUGUACUUGUGUGGGGAGGAAGAAGAUUGCACCCAUCUUUACAGAAGCUAUUGACCACUCGCUAAAAUGGUAGUUUUCACAUGCAGCGCAUGUGGAGAGUCAGUGAAGAAAGCACAGGUCGAAAAACAUGUGAACAUUUGCAGGAGCUGUCAGUGCCUUUCUUGCAUGGAUUGUGGCAAGGAUUUCUGGGGUGACGAUUACAAAGACCAUGUGAAGUGCAUAAGUGAAGACCAGAAAUAUGGUGGUAAAGAUUUUGAAGCCAAAGCUAACAAAGGAGAUGCUAAACAACAGGAGUGGAUUCAGAAAAUUCAUGCAGUAAUGAAGAAGCCAAAUAUUAGCCCUAAAGUGCAGAAUAUUUUGGAGCAAAUGCGUGUCUUUGAUAAUAUUCCAAGAAAAAAAGUAAAAUUUCAGAACUGGAUGAAGAACAGCUUGAGAAUCACUGACAGCACUUUGCAAGACCAAGUGUGGGAUAUUUUUUCUGAAGCAAACAGAAAUAUUUCAAGUGAAAAAAAACAAGACAAGCCACAGCAGAAGGAAGAAGACCAGUCUGCAGAAAGUGGGGAAAAAACUAUUGGAGAAGAAAAUGGAAUUACAGAUGACAAAAUCGAGAGGAAAAAAAGUAAGAGAGAAAGAAAAGAAGAGAGACAAAAGAACAAAAAGAAGGAGAAAAAAGAACUGAAAUUAGAAAACCAGCUAGCAAGCUCAGAAACAAAAAAGAAUAAAAAGUCCAAAAAAGGAAAGGAAAGUACGGAGAAUGAAUUUGAAAUAAAUGGAAAUGGCCAUCAAAGUGAAAUGGAAGAAGAAACAAAUGUAAAGAAACGCAAACGUAAACAUGCAGAAGAGGAACCUCGUAUCACAACAAAGAGAAUGAAAAAUGAAAAUGCUUCAGAAGACGUGGGAACAAAAGAAAACACCAAUGCCAGUGAAGAAGGUGUGGGAACAGAUAAAGGCAAAUUCAACUGGAAAGGAACCAUCAAAGCUGUUCUGAAACAGGCUCCAGACAAUGAAAUUUCAAUUAAAAAAUUAAGAAAAAAGGUUAUAGCUCAGUAUUAUGCAGUAGCUGGCGAACAUCACAGAUCAGAAGAGGAUAUUCUAGGCAUAUUUAAUAAGAAAGUCAGUAACAAUCCCAAAUUUAGGGUUUUAAAGGACAAAGUUAAACUUCUCAAAUAAGACUUUUCAAACCUUUCAUAACCUUUGCAUUUUAUUUGCAGACUGAGUUAAAUUCUUCUGUCAGGUAGGCAAACACCAUGUUCAUUGGUCUCAAUUUAAAUUGUUUGUGUAUGUGACAGCAGAAUUUAACUUUCCUGGAUUCUUCUUUUUUUAAAAAAAUUUAUCACAGAAUAUUUGGGAAGUGCUGCAUAUCUGUUUUCAGAUAUUUUAUUUUUUGAUUUUAUGGAAAAUGUCUAUUUUUUAUAAAACUUUCAUGAGGCAAUGAAAAUAAUUGCUGCCUACUGUAUUAAAAUUCUUCCACUGAUGGAUAUAAUUUAUAGGUAAGAAUCUUUAUCAAAACCUGGGUUGUAUGGCAUUUUUUAGAAACUAUUGUAAGAGCAAAUACGAUUUUCAUGUUCAAAAACUCACCAUAAAAUAAACGUUUUAUGUUACAGUUGGAGAUGGCAUCACCGAUAUCCCCUUUAUACACCAUAGCUUGUAUAUGCAGGCUUUUAUAACCUGUUAAAUUUGUAUUGUAAAAUGUAUUAUUAAAGUUCUGUCAAGUUACUGUAUGUAAUAUUGCCCAUUCAAAGAAAAUCUCCUUAGCAACUGAGCUAACUGUAUAUGCAAAGCUACUUUAAUGUUUUAAUUAGUAAUACAAUUGAAUUCAAUAUAAGUGAUGUCACAUGGACUAAAAAUUGACAGACUAAACAAAUGGCUUUAAAGCACCAUCUUAAAUACCGCAAAUCUUGCCAGUUGUUUUCAUGACUGUAUAAAGGACUAUCUAUUCAUUAAAUCCACAAAUUGUACUAAAUUGGAGGAGACUGUUAUAUUGCAGUCACAGAAACAAUUAAAAAAAAAAAGAAAAACAGAAAUUUUACAAAUAGUAAGAUACAGUUGUGUGAAGAAAGUUACUUGAAGUUAUAGGGUUUUAACCAAAUGCAAAAUGCUUCCAAGGUAGGGAGGUUUCAUAUCACGAAGUGAUCUCUUAAGAACAGUGAUUGAAACCUAGUGAAAAUUUCUUCAAGUAGAUGCUAUGGUGUUCUGGAAAAUUGCAUAGUGGUUCCAAGAAACUACAUCAGUAUACUUCUAUAAAAACCCCUGAUUAAAAUAUCUAAAUUUAUAGAAAUAUUGAAUAUAUUAAAAGUAUAAAUGUGAAAACUUUAACUGUCUCAUACACUGGGUCCAGUCUCUUUCUUCAUAUAUAUUUUUGUCUUGUUCAUAAUAAAAAUUGCAAUCAAAAAUUUCUAAUUAA